AUGGCACGAAUUACUAUUGUCGCCAUCAGGCCGCAACACUUUUUCGUCAUGGCAGGCGCUGAACUCGUUACGGGCAAACGGGUGCAAACCAUGAAUUGCCUCAACGAUGACAAAUUCGGCCCGUUCGUGGUCGGCUGCCGCGACGACUUUGACUUUACCAAGACAUUCGAGCAGCUGGCUCUCUCCAUCGCGCCCAAUGCGUUCUUCAUCAUUCUUGCCGCAGCACGCAUCACCAAGCUGACCAAGACGUCUGGUCGCGUCCGCGCACCCUUCCUCCUGCUGGCGAAGACGCUCUCCGCGCUCGCUCUGUUUGGGCUGCACGGCGCGUAUUUGACCGGGCAGAUUGUAAACAGUCACCAUGGCGGCCGGUACAGUCUGCUCGCGGCGGCCCUGGCCACGAUGUCGGCGGCGGUCCUGAUCUUGUGCUCGCGGAUGGCGCACGCUCGCAUGGACGGGCCGUCGGACGCAAUCACCAUCUUCCUGUUUGCAUCAGUCGUAUGCGAAGCAGUUCAGCUACGCACCCAUUGCCUUUCCUCAGCGCCAGUCUUUUUGACAGGGUGCUUUGCUGCCAUCACUGCCUGCACAUGCCUUCUUUUGGUGGUUGAAUUGGCGAGCAAAUCGACCAGGACGGCACCAACAGGCGUAUGGAAAGAACCCAAAAGAUCGAGAUCGGCUUUGAGCAAGGUGUUUCUAUGGUGGCUCAAUGAUCUGGUUCGAUAUACCUACAGGCACGAGAUUGGGCCAGACGACCUCGGCCCCCUCGACGAAAAAGGUGGCGGCAACGUACCGAAACCGAUUCAUGACCCGCUACCGCACGAUACAAUGUAA